AUGGCUCACAACUCGACCUCUCCAGCAAGUCACGUCGAGUUACCGGAGACGUCGUCGAGAUGCGUGACGGAGAGCAGGACGCACAACUUGGAGGUGGCCGGUUACUCGCUCGACGGCAUGGGCGUCGGCAAGUACAUUAGAUCGAGCAGAUUCAGCGUCGGGGGCUACGACUGGUGCAUCAGAUUCUACCCAGAUGGAGAGAGAGAGACCGUGAACGUUGCCGGCAACGCAUCGUGCUUUCUGUUUUGCGUGAGCCAGAAGGAGGUGAGAGUCAUGUUCACCCUCAACAUGCUGGAGAAACAUGGAGCCGUACAGGUAACCAACCACCGUGCGCUAGAGCAUACUAUCUGUCCGCCACAUUAUAAUUAUGGCCUCCCUUAUUUCGUCGAGAAAUCGAGGCUGAAAUCGUCGGCCCUCGCCAACAAUGGCUACGUGACGAUAAGGUGCGCCCUCACUGUGAUCAAAGAGCCGCCCGCGGAGCCGGAGUGCGAGGAGAAUCGUGUCGUGGUUCCGCCGCAGGAGCUGCCCGGAGACCUCGGGCGUGCCCUCAAAGACGGGAACGGCCUAGAUGUUGUCAUCGAUGUGGGCGGCAGGCUGUUCGGAGCCCACAAGUUCAUGCUCGCUGCUCGGUCCCCGGUCUUCAAGGCUCAGCUCUUUGGCCCGAUGAUGAAGAAGGACACACGGCGCAUCAAGGUCGUCGGCAUGGAGCCAGCCAUCUUCGGGAUGCUUCGCGAGUUCAUAUACACGGAUUUGCUACCAACAUGGGAAGGGGAAGAUCGGUACGGGCUAAACAGGCUCAAGCUGAUGUGCGAAGAGAAGCUGUGCGAAAGCAUCGACGUGGAGACUGUCACAACCACAUUGGCGCUAGCAGAACAGCACAACUGCGAAGUGCUCAAGAAGGCAUGCCUGAAGUUUAUGUCGUCGCAGAGAGUGAUGGACGCCGUCGGGAAGACCGAUGGGUUCAAACACCUCAUGGCAAGUUGCCCCCUGCUGAAUUUGAAGAAGAAUCUCGGGGACAAGACAGGUGUCACGAAGAAGUCAAGAUAG